AUGGAGUUCAUCGUCAUAGUACAUCCUGACCAGAGAAGGUCCGCCCGCUUGAAGAAACAGGCUCACGCUCACGCAGCACGAGUGACCCAUGCACGGUUAAGGAAACGUCAGGUGGCCCGCCAUGGCAAUCAAGACCCGGACAUCCAAGUUAAAAGUCGUGGUCGAUCGAUUUUAUUGAGGUCUCGAGAGGAAGAAAGAGUGAGCCGUCCACAACAAGACGUCGUGGAAUUACAGCAUCUGGUUGAGCCUUCGAUACCAAGCACAAUACCUGGCGCGUUCGAGCAUGAGCCGUUGGCUAGCUUUCUAAAGUCUUCCACAGCCGAAGAGAAAAUGCUAUUUUUUUACUAUGGUCAAGUCAUUGUCCCCAACAUGGAUUCGCAAUGUCCUAUUUUGUGCUACCUCGGCGAAAACUUCGAUCACAUAAGGAGGAACUGGUUGCUUUGUGGCUCUACCGAUAUUGACCUCUUGCAAGGGUUCCUGCUCGCAGCCAGCCGUCAUUUAUCCCUCUUUCAUGGGGAGCAGUGGGGAAACUGGGCAGCCAAGUUCAAACUAAGGCACAUAAGCGACCUGCGUCGUGCCCUGUCCUCUGACGAUAUAUUAUUGCGACGAACUGGUGUUGCGAAAGCAUUGGUGUUGUCAUUCGACGAGGUAGGCAAACUUCAACAUAACUUCCAGUUCCCUGGUAUUGUGAAGUACGUUAAUUCAGUAAGGGUUCUAAUUUUGCUUUGUAGAUCAUGCUCUGUGACAUGCACAUGGCCUCAAAACACGUUCGGGGUGCUAUCACAAUAA